GCGACGCGAGGCAAAUGCGCACACUGGGGUCGAGACGACGCGCGGUGACUGACCUUGUCAUACUUUUGUGUGACCUGCCUGCCUGUCUGCAUGCAGCGCGCUCCCGGAAGUUUUCCAAGCAGAGCCAGUCAUCAAGUACUUUAGCACCAUGACCUGAUGCGAAAGCGCCGCCAGGCAGGAUGCUGGACACUGCCUCCGAUGAGACAUGGCGAGCCAGACGUCGGCCCAAGUGCUCUACUCUGCCCGCGUCCUCCUCCUGCGGCUCUCUGCUGGACGCGCCGCCGGGCCACUGCCGUUGUUGCGACCAAGACUACCACCGCCGCCACCGCUGCUAUAUUUCCUCUCCCCUUUUCCCUCCCCCUCCCUCCGGACUCCGGUGUCUUUGCAUGCUUGCGUUUGCGUUCUGCAGGCCUCAGAAGACCGCGGCUGCGGGCGUGAUGCGUAGCACGUCUCGCGUGCUGUCUCCUUUCUUAGAGGCCUCCUUUCAACUGUUUGAUCGAGCGACGACGCCGACCGCUCCGCUGAUGGUCAGAGCGGGUGUAUGCGAAGAAGAACAACAAGCGAGAGCGUGUGUAAUAAACAAGAUUGGUUCAAACCGUAGUAUCACAGCAGAAUAUAUAAAGCGACACUUUGUAUCUGUCUACCUUCUCCUCCCGCCUUUUGGCGUGCUUCAUAUCGCUCUCUGUCUCCCUGUGUUUGUUCGUGUUGCGAUGAGGUUACACGCAGCAAGCUAGUUAAAGGGUACAUCCAGUCCUCCCAGAGCCGCCAAGAAGAGCCAGAUGGGUUUUUUGAAAGGUUUGACUGGAGAUGAAACUGCGCUUUUGCUCGUUACCACCCUUUCCACUCGCAUCCAUCGCUCACCCAACCUGCUCACCUGUACAAAGCGGGGAAUAAGGGCAUCGAGAGCGACGAGCGAACAGCAGGGCUUCGCUUAGCGCCUCG